UAACUCACUGGUCACAGCUCAGGGCUGAGUCUUCAGGGAGUUUCAGAAAGUAAGGCACAAAUGGCUGUGGUGACGGUGGGUGCAAAUGCAAUAAAAAAUCUGAACGUAUGGUCUCCUUUGAACUUCAACUUCAAGCCUUCUGCAAGUCCUAUCCGCAAGACUCUACGAAUCUGUCGCUGUUCUCUGGUGAAUGAGCAACAAGCUUCCUUUACCGAGCAGGAAAAGCAGCUUAUCGACGCACUCAUUGGGAUCCAAGGCCGAGGCAAAUCAGCUUCACCUCGCCAACUCAAUGAUGUAGAGCAAGCUGUUCAAGUUCUGGAAGGCCAAGACGGCGUCAGAGAUCCCACAAGCUCUGAUCUAAUUGAAGGUCGGUGGCAGUUGAUGUUUACGACUAGACCUGGCACAGCAUCCCCAAUUCAGAGAACAUUUGUUGGGGUUGACCUUUUUAGCGUAUUUCAAGAGGUUUAUCUUCGGACAAAUGAUCCACGAGUUUCCAAUAUCGUAAAGUUUUCUGAUUGGAUAGGUGAACUAAAAGUAGAGGCAGCAGCAUCAAUCAAAGAUAGAAAACGAAUCCUCUUUCGGUUUGACAGAGCAGCCUUUUCCUUUAAAUUUUUACCAUUUAAGGUACCGUAUCCAGUCCCAUUUAGACUUCUUGGAGAUGAAGCUAAAGGCUGGUUAGACACUACAUAUUUGUCUCAUUCUGGAAAUCUCCGCAUCUCAAGAGGAAAUAAGGGAACUACAUUUGUGCUUCAGAAGAAGACUGAUCCUAGGCAAACUUUGCUGGCAGCUAUUUCCACAGGAACGGGAGUUACAGAGGCUAUUGAUGAGUUUCUCUCCUUAAGCAAGAGUGUGGCUAAAGAUGAACCAGUCCUCUUAGAGGGCGAAUGGCAAAUGAUAUGGAGCUCACAGGUAGAAACAGAUAGUUGGCUAGAAAAUGCCAGCAAUGGUCUUAUGGGCAGUCAAAUUGUCAAGAAUGGACAGAUGAAGUUUCUAGUCAACAUCUUACCUGGGAUCUGUUUCUCCAUGAUUGGCAAUUUUGUCAAAUCUGGCACAAAGACAUAUGAUGUUACCAUGGACGAUGCAGCCCUGAUUGGUGGUCCAUUUGGGUACCCUUUGGAGAUGGAGACCAAGAUUAAUAUGGAGCUCUUAUAUAAUGAUGACAAGAUCAGGAUUUCCAAGGGGUACAAUAAUAUUUUAUUUGUCCACCUUAGGACAUCAGAUGGAUCAAAAUAGAUAAAGAACAACAGAGAUUUGGAUCACCCCCUUGGUGGGUGAUUUUCAGGCCUUAAUCCGUGGAAGAUGGGUCGAGGAAACUUGUUGUAAUUAUCAGGAAGGGAAUCGAUGUGCAUAGCAGUUGACAAAUAUGACUCAGGGUAUAGAUAUGGAAGAUCCACCACAGAGUAUCUCAUCUUUAUUACAAGCUGAUGCUUGUGGGGGAGGUGUCAUUAGAAAUUACUUUCAUGUUAUUUUGUUCUAAUCUACGUACC